GGAAAAAAAUACGCGGGUGAAAGUUGGGAACUGUCCAUGUGACUGUAAAAGUAUGUUUGUUUUGAAAACUUAGUGUCACAUUUAGUACGGACUUUUCAGAAAAAGCUGCGCGUCGACCAUGUUACGUGGCGGAAGUAUCGCCGCCAUCCUGCUGCUCGUCACUUCCGGGUGUCCGGUGUGCGGGCAACUGAUGUUCCUGCUGGAGCCGCCGCCGCGCCUCGCAUUCUCCAACAGUACGGGAGCGCGUGUUUCAUGCGCGGCGCACGGCGCACCUGCGCCUACCAUCACUUGGCUCACUGAAGACGGUGUGCCCGUCGCCGACGUGCCCGGCCUCAGGGAGGCGCUGCCAAACGGCACGCUGGUGCUGAACGCGUUCAGCGCGGCGCAGUACCGAGGCGACGUGCACGCUGCGCUAUACCGCUGCCGCGCUGCUGGUCCGCUCGGCACCGUGCUCUCCCGCGACAUGCGCCUGCAAGCAGUGAUGGACGUUGCGUGGGAGGUGCGUGUGCAUGCGACUGCGGGCGUGGCUGGCGGCGCGGCGCUGCUCACGUGCGUGCCCACGCCGUCCGUGCGCGCCCACGUCCUCCACACCACCUGGUACAAAGACGGCCUCGCGCUCGCACCCAUGGCUUCUGACACCGGUCGGUACGUGGUGGGCGGCAGCCGCGGCGACGUGUUGGUUGUACGCGACGCCCGCCCUGAUGACACCAGCGCCUAUACGUGCGAGGCGCAGCACGCGCUCACCGGCGAGAAGCGCCGCAGCCCGCCUGCCAUGCUCGUUGUCUCUCAUUCGACAGGCAGCAUGGCACCGCGCAUGCUGACGAUAUCGGAGGACGAGACGGUGACCCAGGGCGGCGACAUCAGGCUCGUCUGCUGCGCCAUCGGCAGCCCGCCGCCGACCUACAGUUGGUUCCGGCACGUGAACGGGCGGCUGAGCCCAGUGUCGGCCAGCGUGCGGGUGUCGGUGGCGCAGCAGGUGCUGGUGAUAAGGCGCGCGCAGCCGGCGGACGCGGGCGUGUGGACAUGCCGCGCGCACAACCAGUUCGGCGAACAGCGCCGCGACGCUACCCUCAGGGUGCGCUCGCGCCUCGUCGUCACCGUGCACCCCCAGCUGCAGGUGGCAAAUUCUGGGAGCUCAGUGGUGUUCAACUGUACGGUGGAGGGUGGCGGCGGCGAGGCGCGCGUGCGCUGGUUGCACGAUGGCGUGCCGGUGGGCGGAGCCGAACGCACGCUGCGGGUGCAUGGAGUGGCGCGCGCGCACCGCGGAAUGUACCAGUGCUUCGCGGAGCGCGACCUCGAUAGCGCGCAGGCCGCCGCCGAGCUGCGCCUGGGUGACACGGCGCCGGAGCUGCACUACACGUUCAUCGAACAGGCGCUGCACCCGGGGCCCGCGCUGGCGUUGCACUGCGCCGCCUCAGGUGCGCCGCCGCCACGCUUUACCUGGCUGCUCGACGGACAGCCCAUAGAGGAACUCAACACCCCCCAGCGGAGCAUCAGCCAGUUCAUGAGGCCGAAUGGCGAUGUGGUGAGCUACCUGAACAUAACGUCGGUGCGUGCGGCGGAUGGAGGUCGUUACACCUGCCGCGCGCACAAUUCCCGCGGCGCCGCAGAGCAUUCUACUAGGCUAAAUGUUUACGGGCCACCAUCCAUCCGCAGCAUCGGGCCCCUGCGCGUGGUGGCCGGCGUCAAUGCGACUGUCUACUGCCCCUACUCCGGAUUUCCAAUCAGCGAAAUCCGGUGGCAGCGCGGAGGCGACGGGGCUGGCGGAGAGUUGGGGGGAGGACGCGCGACAGGCGCGGGGGGCGCACUGCGUCUGUGGCCGGCCGAGCCCGCUGACGCCGGCCUCUACUCCUGCCGGGUCACCGCGCCUUCCGGACACUACGCGCAGAAAGACGUGCAGAUAUUCGUUAGAAAUCCACCUAAGAUAGCGGGCUUCUCGUUCCCGGCGGACCUGGUUGAAGGCAGUUCAGUACAGGUGCUGUGCGGCAUCACGUCCGGCGAUAAACCCGUCUACUUUUCCUGGCUCAAGGACGGUCAGCACAUACCCUCCAAUUUGCAGGUGCAAGAAAAGUCCCUAGACGAGUUCAGCUUCCUGAUAUUCUCGCACGUGACGUCACAGCACAGCGGUGAAUACACGUGCGUGGCCAGCAACACCGCCGCCGAGGUCAACCACACUGCUCGCUUGGCUGUCAAAGUCGCUCCAUCAUGGGUGUUCGAGCCUCAAGAUGCAUCAGUCCUGUUGGGCACACAGAUCAUUGUGCAUUGCUCAACCAAGGGCUACCCCGAGCCACAGAUUGCAUGGCUAAAAGCACAAGGUGGUGGCGAGUUCCGGCCACUGUCGCAGCUGGAACCGGCGCCUUUGCUGGUGCUGCGCAACGGCUCGCUGAGCGCGGCGGAGGCAGCACGCGCGCACGAGGGCCGCUACAUGUGCCGCGCGGACAACGGUGUCGGCAGAGGGCUCUCCAAGGUCAUCACCGUCUCUGUGAACGAGCCGGCGCAUUUCGAGUUUUCGUCGCGAAACAUGUCAGUGCGACGCACGGCGGGCGCGGCGCUGGUGUGCGCGGCGCGCGGCGAUCCGCCCAUACAGCUGCACUGGACGCACAACACGCAGCGCCUCGACCUCUCCACUUACAGGGUGUCAGUGUCGGAGAAGCGGUCGGAGAGCGGUGCCAGCUCAACGCUGAGCAUCGCACACGCCGAGCGCCGUGACUCUGGCGUUUACCGCUGCCGCGCCGAGAACGCCUACGGCCGCGACGAGCUGCUCAUCUAUCUCGCAGUACAAGAGUUCCCGGAGGCGCCGCGCGGUCUCCGCGUGGUGUGGCGGGCGGCCCGAGCGGCACGACUGGCGUGGCGGCGUGGCUAUGACGGUAACGCCCGCCUGCGAGCGCACCGCCUGCAGUACCGCGUCGUAGGUGCCACACAGCACGGCACGCAGCUUGGCACGCAGCUCGGCACCCAGCUCGGCACCCAGCUUGCAGGGCCGCGCCCACAGCAGGCUGACUGGACCGAUGCGCCCACUCGGGAGAUACCACCGGAUUUAGUGCAGCAGAGGCAGGAGUCAAAAGAAGGAGAGAGGGAAGCGGAGGGAGAUGCAGUGCUUGAGUUCUCUGUGGAGGGUCUGCGUCCAGCUACCGCGUACGCGCUGCGCAUCGCCGCCGUCAACGACAUCGGCGACAGCGACUACUCUGACCCCGUCAUCGUGCACACCUUGGAAGAAGAGCCAUCUGAGCCUCCUCACAACAUUGAAAUACAAGCGGACGCUCCCGGAGAGCUGCUUGUCAAAUGGCAGGCGCCACCGCAAGAGUCGUGGAACGGUGAGCUGCUGGGGUAUGCGGUAUGGUGGCGCGGGAAUAACGCGUCGCACGCGCUCACCGUGCCCGGCUGGCGUAGUACGCGCGCGCGUCUGGGCGCUCUCCGGCCGCACGCGCGCUACGAACUGCGCGUACAGGCGUACAACGCGGUCGGUGCCGGGCCGCUCUCUGUACCGCUUGGCGCCGCCACUCUAGAAGACAUACCGGAGUCGGGGCCGCAAGGAUUACGGUGCGAGGCGCUGUCGGCGCAGUCGCUGCGGCUGUGGUGGGAGCCCCCACCGCCUCCUGAGCGCGGAGGACUGCUGCUCGGAUACGAAAUUACUUAUCAAGCCGUAAACUUAGAAGGCGAACUGCAGGGCAUGCCGGAGACGAGGCGUGCGGGUAGCGCCGAGGCGGUGGUGUCUGCAGCGCGCGCCGGCAACUACUCUCUGCAGGUGCGCGCGCGCACUGCGGCCGGAGCUGGCCCGCCCGCGCACACCUAUUGCGCCACGCUCGAUGACGUUCCUGGGCCGCCGGCAGACAUCAAAGCUGUCGCCAAUUCGGAGAGCUCCGUCAUCGUGAGCUGGCUGGCGCCGGCGCAGAGCAACGGUAGGAUUCACCACUACACCGUCUACAACCGCCCGCAGAGAACAGGGCAGCAGGCGCAGACGGCGGUGUUGCCGGCGGCGGGCGCGCGCGAGCACCAGGCGGAGGUGCGCGGGCUGCAGGAGCAUCAGCUAUACGAAUUCUGGGUGACGGCGGCAACCGCUGCCGGCGAGGGCGAGAUGAGCGCUAUCGUCGUCAGGAAACCCACCUCAAGACCCCCAGUGAAGCUGUGGUCGUUCCCGCGGCGCAUCACCGCGGCUGAGGGUAGUCGUGUGGUCGUGACGUGCGGCGCGGUCGGUGGCACGGCUCAGCGCGUAUGGGCACGUCGCCGAUCACCCCCGCCCGCCGCCGACCCCAGGCUCAUCAUAGACUCUUACAGGCUCAUUAUACCUAAGUUGGAUGUGAGUCUGUCGGACAACUACACGUGCAUAGUGCGUGGGGGCGGGGGUGAGGAGCGCGGUACGUGGGAGGUGUCUGCACGCUCGCCGCCCCCGCGCCCUCGUCUGCGACUGGCCGGCGCCGCACCGCACUCGCUGCUACUCGCCUGGGACCCGCCGCCCGCGCUGGAACAUGUGCACAGCUACACAUUGGAGCACACGCGAGUGGGCGGUGUUGGCACAGUAGAAGGUGCAGGAGAGGGCGAGGGAGCGUGGCGCAGCGUUUGGGUGGCGGGCAGUGCGCGUGCGCACGCGCUGCGUCGGCUUACGUGCGGCGCGCGGUACCGUGUGCGACUAUCGGCGCUGGGGCCUGGCGGCUCCUCGCCGCCGAGCGCCGAGCUCAUUGCCAGUACUAGCGGCGGACCGUCAAAGGCGGCACUCGAGAAGCACUUGUUCACCAGCAAUAGCAGCUGCGUGAGAUUGAACCUCCUGACGUGGGACAGCAACGGCUGCCCCAUCACCCACUUUGUAAUAUCCAUUAAAGGUUUCGAGGAGUCCCGGUGGCGCACGGAGAGUGUGUCGCUGGAGGGAUGCGCGCGCGGCGUGCACGCGGUGUGCGCUCUGGCGCCGGGCGCGUGGCACGUGCUGCGCGUGGCCGCCGCUGGCGCUGCGGGUAGCACCACGGCCACCUACUACUUCGCCACGCUCACCUUGGCUGGAGGUCAGCUGACGUCACCACCGAUCUCAUUGAUUUCUUCGUAA